AGAAACAUGAAGUGGCUUGGGAUCCUUGUGCUGCUGUCUCUUUCAGAGUGCCUAGUCAUAAUCCCUCUAAGGAAGAUCAACACCAUGCGAGAACCCCUCAGGGAGAAAAACCUGCUGACAAAUUUCCUGGAGAACACUGACGACAGGUUCCAGAAUGCCACUGAUGACCCGAAAGUUUUUCUUCACCCCCUGAGGAACCACCAGGAUAUGGUCUACUUGGGAAACAUCACCAUUGGAACACCCCCUCAGGAGUUCAGGGUUGUCUUUGACACAGGCUCAGCUGAUUUGUGGGUGUUCUCCAUCUACUGCUCCAGCCCUGCCUGCCGUGCAAACAGGCUCUUCAACCCUCGCUUGUCCACCACUUUCAAGCGCACAUGCCGGAUCUUUGAUCUCAUAUACGGCUAUGGGAGGAUUGCUGGAUCUCUUGGCUAUGACACUGUCCAGAUCGGGAACCUUGUCAACCUGGGCCAGGCAUUUGGGCUGAACAGGUGGCACACUGGGUUCGAAAAUAAAUGCUAUGAUGGCAUCCUGGGCCUGAGUUACCCCAGCCUCGCCAUUGAAAGGACCACCCCCAUCUUUGACAACUUGAAGAUACGAGGCAUCAUUUCUCAGCCUGUCUUUGCUUUCUACUUGAGCAACGGGAAGGAGAAAGGCAGCGUGGUGAUGUUUGGUGGGGUGGACCACAGCUACCACAAAGGACAGCUCAAGUGGAUUCCAGUGUCCCAAACCUCCUACUGGCAGAUAACCAUGAACAGCAUCUCCAUGGACGGAAAGGCUAUUGGUUGUUUCAGUGGCUGCCAGGCCAUUCUGGAUACUGGGACCUCAACACUGGUUGGCCCAACUAGACUGGUCAAAACCAUCCACAAGCUCAUCAACGUCACAAGUUUUGGUGAAGAGUACAUGGUUCCAUGUAGCUCCAUCACUCAACUGCCUAUCUUCACCCUCAAUAUCAAUGGCAAUGACUACCCAGUGCCUGCUCAAGCCUACACUUGGAAGAGUCCUAAUGGCCUCUGUUUCACCAACUUUCGAGGGGAACCCCAGCACCCUAAUGAGCCGGAGACCUGGACCCUUGGUGCGACCUUCCUGAAACUGUAUUUCUCGGUUUACGAUCGGGGAAACAACAGCAUUGGCCUGGCUCCUGCAGUGUAA